AUGCAGCUGGAGCGGGAGGCCAGCCCCCCUGAAGAGGUGACCCUCACCGAUCAUUACAUGAUCCUCAGGACCCUGGGCAAAGGCAGCUUUGCCGAGGUGAAGCUGGCCUGCCACCUCCACACAGGGGUUUGGGUGGCUGUCAAGGUCCUGGAAAGGGGUGAGAAGAAUGACUCUGUUAUCAUGACUGAAAUCGACAUCAUUAAGUCCCUGGACCACCCAAAUAUCAUCAAGCUGUUCCAUAUCAUUGAAACCAGAGAGCACACAUACAUGGUGAUGGAGCAUGCUGCUGGGGGAGACCUGGUGAGCCACAUCGAGAAGGUGGGCUGUCUGCAGGAGGAAGAGACCCACCGCAUCUUCACACAGAUGGUGUGUGCCGUCAACUACUGCCACGAGAACAGCAUUGCACACAGGGACAUCAAACCGGACAACAUCCUGCUGGAUGGCAGAGGGAGUGUCAAGCUGUGUGACUUUGGCCUGGCCAUCAAAGUCACAUCCGGGCAGAGGUUCAAGGGGUUCUGCGGCACCCUGGAGUAUUGUGCUCCGGAGAUUUUCACUGACGUGGAGUACGAUGCGCAGGCGAAUGACAUCUGGAGCUUGGGGGUGGUUUUGUACACGAUGGUGACAGGGCGCUUCCCAUUUGAGGCAAAGACCUAUUCCCAGAUGAAGGAGAAGAUGCUGAACCCCAAGUACUCCAUCCCACCCAUGCUCUCGCCACACAUUGCAAACCUCAUCGUGCAGUUGUUCACUGUGGACCCAGACCAGAGGCCCAAGAUCUGUGACAUUAUGCAGCACCAGUGGCUCAGGGGCGGUGAAGACCUUUCCAAACUGGCAUCUUCCUUGGAGGCAUGUCCCAGCAACCCAGCCCCCAGCAUUGUGGUGGCUAUGUGGGCAAUGGGUUACAGUGCCAAGGACAUCAGGGACUCUUUACGUGAAAAAAAAUUCAAUAACAUCAUGGCAACUUAUCUAAUUUUAAAACACCAGUCACCCUGGGGGGACAACACUGGGCACCAAACGAAGCCUGUGCCACAUGUUGCCAUGAUACCCAAAGGCCCGCCCACUUUCCAUCUCUCCCUAAAGAGGACAAGGAGCGAGUCUGCUCUUCACAUCUUCACCCUGACAACCAGAGGCCAUGUGGCUGACAAUGCCAAGCUUUCAAGGAAGAAGGGCGGCAAACGUCCCAGCAUGCCAGACGUCCCGUGCUGCCAGCGGAUGAGAACUCUUCUUUCUGACACACAUCCCUGGGACGUUCCCGUAGCUGCUCAGCUCAUGAACAGCAGCUUUUGGGAGACCAGCAUGACCUCCAAAGGUGUGUCCUUAGAUAACACAUCCUCAGAGGAUAUUUUUUCUGAAAUACCCUACAGAGCACCCCACCCACCACGCACCCAGAAUAUGCCAUUUGGAAAGAACUCUGGGGACGCAGCCUGGAAUGUGACCGCCAACGGCAUAUAUGAGAAUAACAGGCAGCCGCUGCCGGAGCUGCAGCAGUUCCAGGCAGGCCAGUUCACUCUUCCAGACAGAGGGCUCCGAGCUGGCCUUGCUGGUGUAUUCAAGCCAGAGAAGCAGCAGUUCUGUAUUAAAGAAAGCACAAAGGAAACCUAUACAGGCACUGUAGUCCCCUUUAACCCCAAUGCCAUGUGUAACAAACUUGCUGUUCGCUGA